AUGGAUUUUUCAAAUAAACAAAAUAAAACGGUUGAAGAAGGAGAAAGAGGGCGCGAUGCGCAAAGAGGAGAGGAGGAGAAGGAGGCUAUGGAGGGAGUGAUUGUUGUCAGUGCGACCUGCUCCAGUGACGAGAAUACCAGUGGUGGGGAAGAGGAAGUUUCUGCGCGGCGGCUACGAAGCCACGCCAAAAAGGCUGAGCCGGCGCCGGCGCCAAAGGUGACCCUGAAGCUCACCUCAGGGGAACUGAAGAAAAAGAGGGCCCUGAGGGAGUCGUCCGGCGAGGAGGCAGGAUCAGCCGUGGCAAAUAAGUUGUCCACGGCGGCCAGAGGCCGCAUAAGAGGAAAAACAGGGAAACAUGCUUUCCUAAAAGCGGCGAAGGAUCACCUGGCGAAGGGGUUGGAGAUUACAGGGCCCGUAUGUGGAGGACAGUGUUGUGGCAGAAGACGAGAGACAGAACUCAAGGUCUCCCUCAAGAGGAUGAUGGAAGACCGCGCGAUAUCCGCAACUAGACCCAUUGCUGAGCUAUUACUGGCAACGAGACGAACCUUACAAGAACACCUAACAGCGCUGUCACAUCAAUCACAAAACAAGACGUCCGUACUCUUCCUACAACUAUAUAGAGUGCACGCGUCCCGAGCGAAAGGUCCUCUAUCCGCACUGUACGAUGACAUUCGCAUUCUUCUACGGUCCGAAGAACGUGAGACCAAUGUUGAUAUAAUCUCUUCGCCACCAAAAGAUCUAGCGGCUAGCACAAGGAAGUUCUUCCGUGACGUCUUUCCCGUCGCCUACCAGAACAUCUUGAAGUUAGACGCGAAGCAGUUUACGCCGGAGUACGAGGCGUGUUUGCAAGACGCGUAUGAUGCGGUCAAACCAUUCGGCGAAGUACCACAACAGCUGGGAUCAUCACUAUCACGAUCAAUGGAAGCGGCGCGCGUGCUCCUGCAAGUGCUGGCUGUGGGAGCGAGCGCGCUGACCGCCAGCGAGCAGCUGCUGGUGACCAGCAACGAAGAAUGCCAUAACAAAAUGCUAGUUGCUGCAGGCUGUGCACACUGCAAGGGCUUUGACGUCAGCCCUUGCCAGCACUAUUGCUUGAACAUCGCACGCGGGUGCAUCGGGUCGCUGGUGUCGGAGCUGGAGGCGCCUUGGGCAGGCUACGUGGAAGGAGUGGAGCGCGUGGCUCGCGCCGACGCUGAUGCUGCGCUAAGAGCGCUCGACGCCCGCGUCUCAGAGGCCAUCAUGCACGCGUUAGAGAACCACGCCGUACUCGAGAAAAAGGUCCGUCAAGAAUGUGGAUCUCCAACAACGUUAGACGUAUCCGGCCUCACAGCGCCGACUCCUACGCCGGGAGCGGCGAGACGUGACGCCUUGCGUGCACCUCCACCAGACACAGAGCUCCUGCAGUUCGCAGCCACACUCGCCGCCAGCAAAAAACUCUUCUCCGGCUUAGCUGAUAAGCUGUGCGAUGAACCUGAAUUCGCCAAUGAAGGGAACACAGAAUGCUGGAACGGCGAAACUGUUGGAGAAUACACGAAACCGUUGGUGGCUUCAGCGUCGAAUAGCGAUCAAAAAUACAAUCCCGAGAUAACGUCCGGAGUAAAGCAGGAUUUAAGAGUAGCCGCUUUGGGAGACAAACUGCGACAAGCGAGACAGUUGCUAGUCUCCCACUCAUGGGGCGCCGCCCCAGCGGCUGAGGCGUUCAUGCAAGGCGACGAGGCAGGGGACGAGGGUUCAGGUUCCGGCCGGAGUUACACGGACGAUGACGCGGCAUAUGAUGCUGAAGGUUCUGGCGAAGAGGGUUCGGGAGCACAGGAUGUCGGGAGCAAGACAUUUGUCAGAGAAGAAAACACAUAUUCGUCAACGGAGAAGACAUCAGCGGGCACUCGCUCUCGACCUUUGCUCGCACUUACAUUCGUCGUAGCCAUCUCACGUAUCACCAGCUGCUUCUUUUAAGCUGCCCUUUGAACCUUGUGAGACAGUUCUGGGCUAAAACCCACGCAGGCUACAUCAAUGACGCGCAGUUGUGUGUGUAUCGAACUUUAGUAGUAGUGCGAAAAGAAAAGACACGCGAAUUGGUUUAUUUAUAAAUGAUGGGAAUUGUAGAAUAAACCCUACUGUAGCUAGUCUUAAACUAGUUUAAGUCCGUCACAAGCUUUCCUUUUACAAUUUACAUGUAGGGUUUAUAAUCUCUUGAAGCAAACGAAAGACGCUUGAAGAUCUUAUAUCAUACUAAAGUCUGCAAUUGUACAGUGCAUAUCAUGUGUUUACUAUAUUAUAUUGGUUUUUGUAAAUAUUUUUCUAAAUCGAAUGUAGUGAUAGUUAUAUAAAUGUACUUUGUAACAGAAGCCUUUAACUUCUGCAUUUAUAACGUAUCUAGUUGGGGAGAUAAUUUCGGGAUAAUAUGAUAUUAUUAUUUAAAGAUCUUUAAUAAUUGUUAAAGUGUAGUUGAUUGGCAAUAAUUUUAUUAUGAGAAAAGUAUAACGAUUAGUGAUGAGAUGACGAUGACGUAAUAUGGGUGUCCUGUACAGAUGUGUAAAUACCUAAAAUCCUACUGGUCUAGGUGCUUAGCUAGGAAACAUGUUUUGUUGCCAUAUUAAUGUUACGAAUAUUAUAAUUUAUGGUAAUUAAGUCAUAAUUUAAUCGAAUAAUGUUAUGUGAUACAGAAUUAGUAUUUUAAGUUAAUGCGAUUAUCUCGUUGCAUUAUUUAUAUAUUGUAAUAUUCUUUGAAAGAGUUAUGUAUUAUACUUUUAUAUAUUAAAUGAAAUGGCAAUAAAUAUAUGUAGGGAAUUAUCUGGUAUAUUUAUUGUGUGUCUAAGGAGGACGCUUUUGACAAUUAAAAUUCCAUAAAUUGUAUAGCAUGAUAAACCUCUUUGGAAUAAUAGAUAAAUUAUUAAGUUAAUAAAUUCUUUUUUGCUUACCGUACCAUACAUGUUUAGAAAAACAUCUGAAAUGUUGAAUGGAAUCAAAUCUAGACUAUUGUGAUAAAGUAAUUACAACUUUAUGGACGGCGAAAUAAAGAUAGUUUUUCCGUGCUCUAUAUAUUGUAAAUAGAUCUACUUUGAAAACAAUUGACGUAAUAUGAAUCUUUUAAAACAAUUUGUAGACAUUAAACAGUCAUAUAUUGCUUUGCUUUUAACUACGAUAGCAUAAUUUCAAUAAUUGUAAUAAUAUGUACAAUGAAAUUCUACACCACAAUUAAAUUACUGACUCUACUAUUUUUAGUUAAAUGUCAUGACAAGCUGUUUGCUGUCAUUGUUAAAUGUAGACAAUGUUUAUUGGUUUAAAGACAAAAUGUGUAAAAUGUAAAAAAAAAUGUUUACGCUUGAUGUAGAAAAAAAUUAAAAAAAAAAACAUCAUUAAAUGAUGAGGUAAAUUGUACAUUAAAAAUUAUAAUUAUGACAAUUAAUAAUUUAUCCAAAUCGAAAUUUUGUCUAGAUUAUUUUUAAAUAAAAAUAUCAAAUGUUAGUGAUACUAUGUUACUAUGUUGAUCAGUAACGAAGUAUUUGCUCUUCUUUGCUUCGACACCAAUUUGAUAUUUCUGAUAUGAGCAAUUUGAGGAAACAUAGAAAAAUUCCAUAAUUUGACGAUUUUUCCUAUCAAUAACUUAAAAAAGUGUAAAUUAAAAUCUCCAGUGAAUUAAAUAAAUUUAUCUUCGUUCAUUGGCAAAGAAUAAUGAAUCUCGAACAUUUUGUAAAUAUUAUUGGACAGAUAGUGUGUUUAUAUUACGAAAAUAAACUCUGUACCAUAAAA